AUGGUUCAUGCUGGUAUUUUAGGGCCAGCGGCUCUCUUCAAAUAUAUGGUUCCUCUGAAAGAAGGUGAGCAUAGGGAGAAAAUCGGAGCUGAGACAGUGGAUAGUAUCUUCCAGGGUGUACCAGACAUGCUGAGGUUCCACGAGCAGUUUCUGGACACUCUCAGAGAACGUCUUCGACAAUGGGACACCCGUCAAAAAAUUGGCGACGUUUUCGUUGAAGCUUUCACCCACCCAACUGUUCUGGAUACAUACAUAGAAUUUAUAAACAACUGGAAAUCAGCUAGAGAUGCUAUCAAAUCAGCUUCUACUGCCAAACCAGCAUUUGCACAAUUUUUGGAGCAUACGUCUAGGGAACAUAAGGGCAAGUUAUCUUUAGAUGCACUGCUGAUAAUGCCUGUACAGCGUAUACCAAGAUACGAGCUUCUUAUCAAGGAACUGCUGAAGCACACCCCUUUGGAUCAUCCAGACUACAAGCUCUUGCUGCAAGCUCAGCGAGAGGUGCACGACUUGGCUGUUCGGAUCAACAAGGUCGAAAGGGAAGCAUUGCACCAUGAACAAAGACUUCAGAAGUUGCGGGAAGUUGAGCAACUCGUAGAAGGAAUCAAUGAUCUCACCCAAGGUGAUCGCUGUUUCAUCAGACACGACUUUGUUUUUAUUCCAGGUGGUCUAGGUCUGACGAAGAAGGAACGCUGCCUGCUACUCUUUUCAGAUUUGUUGUUGGUAGCAAGUGUGAAGAAAAAAGGAGGAGGGGGAGGAGCUGGAGGAGGAGUUAUUGCCCGAAAGACGUCUCCAGCAAUAUCAAUUUUAUCACCUACGGGAUCCUUAGAAUCGAACAAAUAUAAACUUCUUAUCAGAUUAUCGCUUGAUAAUGUGGAUAUUAUAAAAACUGGAAUAGAUGAACCGUGCGUCAGGAAAUUUCUGAAAGAAAUAUCGAGCUUGGAAAACGAUAUUGCGACUGUUAGCAAGAUGGGGGACUUGGUUUCAACUCUAAGUUGUCCACAUCAGAACAUCGAAGAUGCUGUAAAAGAUCUUCAGACCACCCUUUCAAAACAGCUGAGUGAGAAACAAGCUUCUAGUUCUCAGUUAAUGAGUUUGGAGCUUGCGUUUAAUGUCAACGACGAAGUAGAAAACCUGCUGGUGACGUUUCCAAAUCCUGAGCAGAGAAUGACAUGGGAAGCUGCGUUUUUGGAAACAAAGGAGAAGCUUAAUAAGUGCUCUGAGAAAAGCUGUCCACCUGAAUUCCUUUGCUCAUUACCAAUAAGGAAAACUCGAGCAGGCUUGCAAAUUACCUGCGCGGCAGCGGUGUGCGAAGACCCUAAAGGAAGCGGACUUCCUGACCUUUGGGUAUGCAGCAGCGAUGGAUAUGUUGGACAAGUGUGUAUCUUAACUUUCAGAGAUGAGCCGGCUAUAGUUUCCAGUGCCAGUGUUGCAAAUGCAAGAAUUCUUUGUAUUGCAUCUGUCCCAGGUCUUAGUGAAGGGUCCCUUAUGUUGCGAAGACGAAGCACGGUGGUUCCUUGUCUGCCUGGAUUUCAAUUGAGAAGACUAAGCAAAGGUCAAGAAUCGAAAACUAGCAGAAAAUUACUAGAUAGCGAUUCUGAUGAUGAGGACUACAUUGACGCUGCAGAAGAUGAAUUACCCAGUGAUGAUGCCGGUCCCCAGCAUCCAACAAUGUGGCUUGGAACGGAAGACGGCUGCAUUUAUGUUUACAACAGUACUCACAUACAGCUCAAGAAAGCCAAGCUGAAAAUUCAACACUCGACGUGCAUAUAUGACAUUGUGCAUGUUGACGGAAAAGUGUUCGUCUCCUUAGCCAAUGGUGAAAUAGUUGUCUACAGCAGAGAACUAAACGGUUGUUGGGAUAGCGGAUCUCCACAUCGAGUACAAAUUGCGAACGACGCUUCUCCAAUUUCUCACAUGGUUCUUAUAGAAGGACGUUUGUGGUGUGCAACGCUCAAUUCCAUAGUGAUCAUCAAUCCUACUUCCAUACAAAUAGAGCACACUUUCCAGGCAGCUUCUGAAGUCAGGCGCCAUGUGACAGGAAUAUCUUAUGCCUCAGGUUUAGGCGUCUGGGUCUCAAUCCAAGCCAGUCCAUCUGUUCAUUUAUAUCACGUGACUUCGUACGACCUCCUGUUAGAGCUGGACGUCACUCCCCCUGUCACAAGAAUGCUCAGCUCUUGUGAUGACAUCAUCCGUCAACAUAAAUUGGCAUGUUUGCGUGUGUCAUCCAUAUCCGUGGACUCCAAAGGCCUCCUCUGGAUCGGCACGAGUGCAGGUGUUGUUCUGCGAUUUUCCCGUUCACCUCUCAAUAAUUCAUCAAGACCGGAUGCAUCGUUGCUGUCAGAUAUAGACAGCAUGCCUCAAGGUCAUUUUGGUCAUGUACGCUUUAUCUGUGGUAUAAAUGCUCAAGAUUUCACUCCAACCUCAUAUCAAGAGAAAGGAGCACCUCCACCAACACCUAAGGACGAUCCCUCAAGUGCUCAAACGUUCGUCACAUCAUUAAUGAUCAGUGGGGGCGAUGGCUAUGAAGAGUUUGGAGCGUUUCAACCGAUUUCUGACGCGCCAACUGGAAGAGAAGACAGCACUAACCAUUUACUCAUGUGGAAGACAUAA